UUAGCAAUAUUCUUCCUCCAGCGCCAUAUUACGCGUUGCUCUGAAGCUCGCUCUCUCCAUCUCUCUGAAUAGACCUCUGACCUCUCUGUGAAGCUCUCAGAGGAGAUUCUACGUUAGGAACAGAAAUGGGGCUGACUUUUGCAAAGCUUUUUAGUCGGCUUUUUGCCAAAAAGGAGAUGAGAAUUCUGAUGGUUGGUCUUGAUGCUGCUGGUAAGACGACCAUUCUCUAUAAACUCAAGCUUGGAGAGAUCGUCACAACUAUUCCUACCAUCGGAUUUAACGUGGAGACUGUGGAAUAUAAGAACAUCAGCUUCACUGUAUGGGAUGUCGGUGGUCAGGACAAGAUUCGUCCAUUGUGGAGGCACUACUUCCAAAACACUCAAGGUCUUAUAUUUGUUGUGGACAGUAACGACAGAGACCGUGUUGUUGAGGCAAGGGAUGAAUUGCAUAGAAUGCUGAAUGAGGACGAGCUUCGAGAUGCAGUAUUACUUGUGUUUGCUAACAAACAAGAUCUCCCCAAUGCAAUGAAUGCUGCUGAGAUUACUGAUAAGCUUGGUCUUCACUCUCUUCGGCAGCGCCAUUGGUAUAUCCAGAGCACUUGUGCAACCUCUGGGGAAGGGCUUUACGAGGGAUUGGAUUGGCUCUCAAACAACAUUGCUAACAAGGCAUAAAAGCAGUUGAGAGUUGUCUUGUAGACUGGCGAUUCUGGAUGCAGGGGUGAAUGUUAUCUACUUUUUCUUGUUUUUCGGGGAAUAGUCUCUCAUGCCUUUUCUUUAGGAUUGAUCUUCCAUAGUAUCAGUCUGUCUAUGGUUAUAUAUUGUAAUGGUUGUUCGUGUACUCCAACUCACCUGGGCUUUUGUGUGUUUAAUGAGAUGGUGUAAUUCAAACUUA